AUGUCCAAAGACAUGGCAUCUUUUUGUAAACUAGUCUGUCAGACUGACAGCCAGUUGGCAACGCUCCGAUUGAUUGAGUCGACAGCUGCCCACCACCUUACUAUACCAAGCAACUCGAAGAUGCCUCAAACACGCAAGGCAGCCCAGAAGGCUCGCGCCCAGAGCAAGGCCGAUACCGCUACCCAGACCACUACCCAGACUCAGCGCGCUGCCCAGGUUGAGCAUCUCCGACCUAUUUCCCUACACUAUGCCCCAGGAAAUAUACUGUGGGACGAUAACGACAUUAACGGAAAUGUCGCUGGCAUGACUUCUAUUGCGUAUGCAGCCGUCCUUAUGCUUGAGACUAUUGUCGACAACAAGGCCUCCGAGGCUGAUCGCGAGGAAGCUAAGAAGAUGCUGGAGUAUAUUGGGGGCAGCGAGAAAGUUAAGGAAUUCGGCAACAAGCUUCAACAACGCGUCGCGGAGGGUUCUGGAGAGAGAGGCAACGGCGAUGGCGAUGGCGAUGGCGAUGGCGAGGAGAGAGGCGGAAGAAGAGAAGAGGCCCCUAAGGCGCAAGAAGCAGUGGCGGAGCAGCAAGGAGACCCUACCAAAAGCCCAUACUUUAAAUAA